UCUUCGUCGAAUAGACCCGUGCGCCUUCUUGGCGAACAACAUCCCCCCAGGGCGGAAGACCGGUAAGAAAUGCGGAAUUUUGAAUUUCUACGGCUUUGAGUUCUGCGGGGAGAGCUGAACAUCGCGGGGGAUAAACCGGAGCUGGCAUUGCAGCUCGACGUGCAUAAAAAUGACCCGAUGACCAUACAAAUGUAAAUGUAACCCUACAACCACUCCACUUCCCCAGGAGACGAACACCUACACCCAUAAGCCAUGUCUAAAGGCCCCGAAAAAGUAGACGAUUGCACAAUAGAAGACAUCAAAACCUCCUCGGAAACACCAGACAUCUCCGAUCGCGAUGCCGAGAAACGACUUCUCCGCAAGUGUGACCUCCACGUCGUCCCCAUCCUCACUCUCCUCUUCAUGCUCGCCUUCCUGGACCGUAUCAACAUCGGCAAUGCGCGGCUGAUGGGCCUGGAAGAUGACCUGGGCAUGAGCGGGCAUCAGUAUAAUAUCGCGCUGUUUGUGUUCUUCAUUCCGUAUAUCCUAUUUGAGGUGCCGAGUAAUAUGAUCCUGAAGAAGGUGAAGCCAUCAUGGUGGUUGAGUGGGAUCAUGUUCGCAUGGGGUACCAUCACGAUCUGUCAGGGCGUCACGGCCAGUUUCAAUGGCUUAGUAGUCUGUCGAGUACUGAUAGGACUCUUCGAGUCUGGUUUCAUGCCUGGCGCAGUAUACCUAAUAAAUAUGUACUAUCGUCGUCACGAACUCCAAUGGCGGCUCAACCUCUUCUUUAGCGCUAGCAUCGUCGCUGGCGCGGUGAGUGGUCUCCUCGCCUACGCCAUCAACAACAUGUCCGGAAUAGCUGGGUACGAAGGCUGGCGCUGGAUUUUCAUCAUCGAAGGCCUGGCCACAGUAGUGAUAGCAGUGAUAUCCAAAUUCAUCAUCGUGGACUGGCCUGAGUCGGCCAAGUUCCUGGAUGAUGGUGAGCGAGCUCUACUUCUCGCCCGUCUGAAAGAAGACCAGGGCGAGGCACGAAUGAACCGACUCGAUAAGAAGUCGAUGCGACGAACAUUCUCGGAUCCAAAGAUCUACCUUGGUCCGAUAAUGUACUUCGGCAUCGUCAACACCGGCUACGCCGUCUCCUUCUUCACCCCCACCAUCCUCCACCAACUCGGCUGGACCGCAGUCCGCGCUCAAGUAAUGAGCAUCCCAGUAUACGUCGUCGCAACUAUCACCACACUCUCCGCCGCCCUCCUCAGCGACCUCCUCCGCCACCGCUACCUCUUCACUCUCACCGGCUGCCUGGUAGCCACAAUGGGCUACGUAAUCCUGUUGACGCAAUCCACCGUCCCAGUCGGCGCGCGCUACUUCGCCAUCUUCGCCGUCACCAGCGGCGGGUACCUGACGCAGCCAAUCCUCAUGGGCUGGCUUAGCAACAACAUGGCAGGCCAUUACAAGCAGAGCAUCGCAUCGGCAAUGCAGAUCGGGUUCGGGAAUUGCGGUGGGCUGGUCGCCAGUAAUAUCUUCUUUGAGGAGGAGGCGCCGGGGUAUCGCACCGGGUAUGGGGUUAGUCUGGGCAUGACGUGGGUUUGUGGGAUUGCCUGUGUGCUGUUUCUGGGCUAUUUGGUUAGGGAGAAUCGGGUGAGGGGAAGAGGUGGGAGGGAUUAUCGGUAUCAGUUGCCCAGGGAGGAGUUGGAGAAUCUUGGGGACGAUCAUCCGGCGUUUACGUUUACUUACUGAGUUGGGCGGAGAGUCGUCGUGUUCGUUCAUUGAUUGCAGUGGCGCUUCUAUAGAAACGCGUGACCCUCUUCCCUUCUGCCCAACCACCGUACCUUAACCUUCAGGCUUUAUACAUGCAUUCAUACAUAUAUACGUACACGGUCUGGGUUAAUUUGAAAUCUGACU